UAUGUAUGUAGUUUAAAAUGUGUGUCAAGCCGUCCUCUUUACAAAGAAACGAUAUAAAAAUUAUAAAUUAAAACUAAAUCGAACACUUUUUAAAUAAUAAUUGUUCAGAGGUAUAACUUUAGCUUUUACGUAUACCUUUAUAAUAUUGCACAUUAAAUGCGAGUACAAUAACAAAACAAGUCGAAGCUUGUUUCUUGCUAAACUAGCGAGAAUCAUAGAAAUGGACAUCUUGUGUUUGGCCCACCUUUUCCGCGCGCGUGUGAAAUAAAACAAACAAAAAAAAAGAAGAAAAACAAACAAAAACCAAAAACGACAGCAGCACACAUAAUAAGCAAAGCAUAAAGGAAAAAAUAAACUAAAUCAGUGAAAAGUAUUAACAAGAUUAAUAAUCACAUGAGCAGCAGCAACAACAACAUCAUCAUCAUCGUCCUCUGCAUUAGCACGAGCCGAGGAAAAUCAAGUGGAUGCGGGACAUGGAAACACUCAUAUAAUUGUUCUAUAUACAGCUAGAUAUAUUCCGUCAUAAAAAUCAAUAGCCGUGGAUUAGACGGUGGUUGUCAUUGUCGCUGCUGAUGUCGUUGUCGUUGCCAACGUCAAUCAACAUCUAGGAAAUCCAUCAUACGCACUGUGGGACACGACCCAGGCAAAUGCAUUGCCCGAUAGAGAGAUUUUUGAUUUUGUAUCCCCAUCAUCACCACCACCACCACUACUACAACAACAACAAUAACAACUAUAAGAACAAGCACCACCACCAACAACAAGAACAUCAACUGCGUCAAGUGCGACGAUGGCUGCCAUAAAUACGGUACCUAAGAGCAUACACCUGCCAUUGACGAAUCUCAGCGCACCGCGCGUGCUGAUGUGCAGCGCAUCUGUGGGCAGCGAGGGUUCCGUAACAUUGCAACUAAGAGAUGCGAAUGCCUUGGAGGCAGCCGACAGCACGACAACGGCAACAACAGCACCAGCAACAACAAUAGCAACAAAUGCAAUAUCAACAUCGUCAUUAGGCAGCCAAGCGAAUGGCGUCACAGUGCUUGAAACGUUCUCGGCAUCGUCAGGAAUAACGUCAGCGUUGGAAAAUGCGUUGACCAUUGGCUAUCCGGAUCCGGACAUGUUAGCAGAUGUCUUGGGCACCAUACAGACCGCCUCUCUUAAAAACAAACAAAUUAGCAGCAAUACCAACAUCUAUAGCAACAACAGUAAGCGAAGUAGCUACAUCAAUGGUAGCAGCAGAAGAAACAGCAGCACUUCAACAACAAUUCUGAACAACACCCUAGCAACAACGAGCUCUGGCGUACAUCAGAACGGUCCCAAUCAAAUAACGAUAACGCGACGCAGUGCCAGCAACAAGAUCAGCGUGCAAACUGUAAGCGCAUCCACAAAUACAACCAUUAGCAGCAUUGGCGGCAGUAAGACCAACUACAUAAAGAACUGUCUGAUACGGAGCAGCAGCUGCAGCAACACGGCCACCAAUGUCACGACGCUGGCACAGAUUAUGAGCAACAGCAGCACCAGCAGCGCAGCCAGUUUACUCAGUCAGCACAAUAAUAAUAGCAACUGCAGCAACAGCAGCAACUUCAGCAACGCUUCAUCCGUGGGCAGUAGCAUUAGCAUUGGCAGCAACAGCAGCAGCAACAGCAGCAGUAACGACAGCAACAGCAGCAGCGGUCUCAGUUUAAGCUUCAAGAGCAACGGUCGAAAUAAUCCUGGUAUUGUAACUGCAGCAGCAUCCACGAACACCACAGCCACCGGUAUUGGCAUUAUCACCGUCGAUAACGCACCCAGAAAGAGCCGACCCAAACUAUCCUCACCGACUCGUCACGGACCCCAGCAGUGUCAGAUUUGUAGCAAGAUCUUUGGAAAUGCUUCGGCACUGGCCAAGCACAAACUGACGCACAGCGACGAGCGGAAAUAUAUUUGUGCGCUCUGCUCGAAGGCAUUCAAGCGGCAAGAUCACUUAAACGGACACAUGAUGACGCAUCGCAACAAAAAGCCUUACGAGUGUAAGGCAGAUGGCUGCGGCAAAUCAUAUUGCGAUGCGCGCUCUCUCCGCCGUCAUUCAGAGAAUCACCAUGGAGGCGUGGCAACGCUCAAUAACCACUCACUCUCGCCCACAGCUAGCUCAAACUGCGGCAGCGGAAGCAGCAGCAGCAGCAGCAGCAGUGUGGGUGUGGGUGUGGCCAACAGCUCACUAAGCCUUUCACCGGCUACAGCUAGUGGGGACGCCAGCUCGCCAGAUGGGGCCACUUGCAUUCGCACCUACAUUUCCACAGGCAGCUCUGUGGUGGAUGCUGCCACUGGCAUUGCGCUGUCCGAUGAACAGAUCAAGGCUAUGAAUUUGCCCAUUAAAACGGGAGUCACAUUGCUGUCGCCCACCACUUCUACAUCUUCAAUUGCAUCGACGUCAACAUCCUCAUCAUGCUCAACAUCUUGCGGUAGCGGCAGCUCCGUUCAGAAUAGUUCGCCCACAAUUACGCUUAGCGAUGGCGCAACCUUAGAGGGCGAUGGUCUCACGCGCGAGCAACUCGAUCUGAUAAGCAAGAUCAUGCAACAGACGAAGCAAACCAGUGCCCAGGUUACGGUCUCUUCGCCGAACAGCGUCAGCUCCUAUAAGAUCAAUACAGAGACGGCGCCAGUCUCGGCACGUCCACGCACCUGGAACAUGCAAUUGCUUAAUAACGCGCAAAAUGUCACCGUAACCGUGGAGGAUGGUACCGAUAUGGUUGCCUCCGCUUCAAGUUCACCCGACGAGGUCAAGGACGAUGAAUUGAACCAGCAGCUAGUGGCCGCUAUUAAUCCCCACCUGCUCAAUAUUGUUAAGAUCGACAAGCCAGUUGAGUGCAAUCUAUGUCACCGCAAGUUCAAAAAUAUACCCGCUCUCAAUGGGCACAUGCGUCUGCAUGGCGGUUACUUCAAAAAGGAUCCGGAAACCAAGCGCAGCGAGAAAAAGGACUCCAACGCACCGCCCUUGCAGACUGCGAGCAUAGGUGUGCGUGCCCUUAUCGAGGAGAAGAUCAUUAGUAAGCGCAAGGACAUCAAUAAGGGCGCCUUCGUUGUGCCUGCACCACCCAGCAGCACCGCAAACAACGGAGGUGUUGGCGGCUGUAGCAACAACAGCACCAGCCUACGCCGCUCCAUAAGCGACUUAGAGAGCUUCUUAAAUCCGAAGAGUAACACGAGCAGCCUGAGCCAGACACUAGCCACCAGCACCAGUACUACUACAGCGGUGCUGCCUGCGGCUACCACUAUCAAGAGCAGCUCUGGGCUAAGUAUACAGCAGAUUGGGCUGCCGCAAAGUAUUGAGAUCUUCAGCGGAGGUCACAGACAUCCCAAAACCCUUAAUUUGGGCAGUGGUGCCAAUACUAUUACCAUUACCACCAACAACGUGCCAACUACAACUACCAUGAGCGCACUGACGGCUCUUAAGGGCGGCGGUAGCAUCAGUGGCGUCACUAGCAAUGCGGAUUCCAAGGACUCGACGUUAAUUGAGUUACUUAAGCGUGGAACGCGCAUUGCCGUGGCCUCUAAGAAAACACAGCUACAGGCACAAAACAGUACAAAUCUGAUCUUAAGCAAUGUUGGCGGCUCAGAGCUCACAACCAUUAGCAGCAGUGUCCAGGCUAGUCGGCAGAUUAUCACCAACAACAAUCGCACAGUCAUCAUACCUUCUGAUGUGCACGUGGUGUCCACUAAAAGCAAGUUAAUUUCAAGCAACGCCCUCACAGCCAACGACAGCAAUACAGCUUGUUCUGCGAGCAGUAUAUCAUUGCCUGACGGGACUCCCCUCUCCCUGACCAUUACGCCCAGCCAGGAGCGUAUAGGUGUCGGAGAAGCAAGCAGCAUAGCUGGUGGUGGGGGCGUUUACACGGUUACUUACACUAGCGAUGCGGAUGCAUCCGAUCUCUUCGACGACGCUGAGGUGUACAAUGUAUCGGACACGGAAAUGCUACUGCAAACGGUGGAUACUAUGGAACUGCUCAACGAUGACGAGGACGUGGUGCACAAAAGCGAACAUUCCGAGGACUUUUCGCUGCUUAGUGAGGCCGGCGAUAAUGUUCACACACAGCUGGUCAAGCUGGAGCCUGAUCCUAUACACAACAGCACAGCCAGCAGCCUCAAUAAAACGACACCGUUGCCCACUUUUCAGCAAUUUCAUUCCAAGGAGAUCAUCAUGCAGAACAGUUCUCAAAUCCAGGCCAUCGCCAACAUGCGUGGAAGCAGCACCCUAGGAGUGCUCUCGUCGCCGUUGCAUUCACCACUAGCCUACCCGACGCCACCCUCCAGCCACGAGAAUGUGGCUCAAUCCUCACCCUUCGUAGAGGAUGCUGCGGGUCAGUUUGUGGAUGCCAGUCACACGUUUUUUGGCGAUAAAACAGACUUCUCACACGUCUAUUUUAAAACAGACGAGAGCGAUUCCAUGCAACAGCUAAGUGAUAAUGACAACGAGAAAAUACUCAAACUCAAGUCGGUGCUGGAAGAAAGCAGCUUCGAUCCAUCCAUUAAGGUGGAAGAUCUCUUAAACAGCACCGAGGACGAUGCCGAAUGCGACCUGCGGGAGUUUGCUGAGACGAAUCUCUCAUUUCUCGAUGAGGAUCAGGAGUUCCUAAAUGACUCACGAAAUGCUACCUCGCCUCUGUCCGAAUCCUUCUUCACCAGUGGCAUUGGAUCUGCAGAGGAUGUUAAACAGGUGCUACGUGAGGUGCUGCCCGACGAAAAUAUGCAACUGCAGCUAACUAGCGAGCAGCAGGGCGAGAACAUCAUUGAUCUUUACUAUUUACCGGGGCUGGGCCUGCAAUCCCAAAUGAUGCCAAAUUCUGAUGAUCCGCUUUUGUCCUCCUCACCAAGGGAAUUCGGUCAGCAACGACAGGUUGUCCACACGACAACGUCUACGACAUCAACCACACAACCUAUCGAGCAGUUGCAAUCUACCACUGUACUUUACGAUCAACAUCAACUGCAACAGCAACUGCAACAGCAACUGCAACUGCAGCCCCAGCAGCAACAGCAAGAGCAAGAGCAACAUCAGCAUCAACAGCAGCAGAAACAGCAAUCCCAGCAGCAGCAAGAGCAAAUGCAAUUGGCACAGCAACCUGCAAUUCAAUCUGAACAACCACAACAGGAGCAACAGACAGACUUUAUGCUCACCAACUUUACUCCCGUGUCCUGUCAAACACAGUACCUAGAUGCCAAUCAGCAGACGAUGAUGCUGCAGCCACUGAAUAGUUUGCUGCAGCCAAUACUUUAUGGCAGCAACAGCACAUCCAACGAUAAACAAGCAUUUACCUCGAUGCUUAACUCGAAUGCCGGUCAGACAACUGAACUCGAUGCUAGCCUGCUCUUUGCCUGCGGCGACAGCAUCAAAAAUAACUGCAGCAAACCUUUGCUUGCCGCAUUACCCGCAGCAGUAGCUACACCAGUAGUUACUCCAACACCGAGUGUUUCCAAUCUACAGCCGCUGUCCAACCAAACUAAUUCCAUAUUAAAGCGUCGCCUGCGUUCAAAUGGAGCACAGGAUGUGCACAAGUUCUCUAAAUUCCAAACACUUUCACCGCAUCGCUCAAAGCUACGAAAGCCUUCGCGGACCCACUACACACCCGCACCAAUUCUUAAUCCAGAUCGCAAAGGCACUGGACUCUAUUGCAAUGUGCGUAAACAGCUCGGCCAAGGAAUGUUUGACGUCUUUGACGAUGACUUUGGCGAUCCUGUGGGCUUAGUUGAUUUCUGCGAUGAGUCCAAGGUGAAUCUUGGUUCCACUUAUCAAGCGCAGAUCCCACCCUGCAAAUCGCCAGAAGAAUCCACCAAGGAAACAAUGAGCGCAGACCUACUUUGGGAUCCAAGCGUACAGAUAGACGAGAAGAUACUAAUGCGUUAUAUAGAUCUCAGCAAAUCUUCGGCCGUACCCUUGGGUAGCCAUUCCGAAGAGGUAGCCCUUCAAACGUUGCUCGAGGCCAAAGGCAAUUCAGCGGCGGCGGUGCUCACCUUGUUGCAAACGCAGUCCAGCGCAUUCCAAAUGAAAUGGACUGCCUAUGAGCUAGAACACUUUCUACGUGGCCUGGAGAAGCACGGGAAGGACUUUGGAAAAAUUGCCAGCGAGUUACUUACGAAGACCUCGGGCGAAUGCGUUCAAAUGUAUUAUUUUUGGAAAAAACUAUGUGUGGACUACAAGGUUUCUCACCUAAAGAUGGAGCCAGUUCCUGCCAGCACUCCAACGGUGGAACAGAAGCCCUACGUCUGCGAGAUUGCCGACUGCUCGGCGAGCUUCACCUCGAAAGCAGCUCUGCAUGGUCAUGUUCGCAUACACGCUUAUGGCAGAAAUGCCAGCAACAGUAAUAGCAACAACAACAACCAGCAUGCCACGGCAGUUAGUGCCAACAACAACCAUACUUGCAACAAUAGCAGCAACAACAAUAGCAACAACGCAUGCGCAUCCCAGACUAUUAGCCAUAGCAAUCAAUGCAACAGUGCAACAACAACAAUCAUAACGCACGCCAAUGGCAAUAACUCCACCCUCAACAACAAUAUUAUCAGCAACAACAUUGCACCAGGCUCUUCCAUAAAUACUGCAAUGUUAUCAGUAGCAGCAGCAACAGGAACAGCAUCGACAGCAUCAAAAGACAGCAGCAACAGCAACAAUUCCAAUUCAGCCAAGGAGAGUGAAUUUCCCUGCAAGGUGUGCGGCAAAGUCUUCAAUAAGGUCAAAAGCCGCAGUGCCCAUAUGAAAACGCAUCGAGUACAAGAAGCGGAACAAUCAUCAAAUUCCAAACAGCAAUCUAACAAUGGAAGUCUGUCUGCAGUAGCAGUGGCAGUUGCAGCAUCAGCAGUACCAUCGGCUCCCUCUGCAGUAACAGUUCUGGCCACUGCAUCUUCUUAGAUAUGGAUCAACCAGGCAACAGCAUCGAUUGACAAUCGCGUUAAGCAAGCAGCAAGCAUUGUUUACCACUCUUAGAAAAUAAAGUUAGUUUACAGUCAGAAGUAAUGUUAAAUACAGACAUUUAUGAAAAAAAAAUCAAGCUCAGAGUUAAAUGUGUAUUGUAAGUAAAUUAAUAUUGUAAUUUUGAUGUAUUUAGCAGUUAAAGGCAUUUUUCUAAUUCAUACUUUUCACAAGUUUUCUACACACUCUUCCUAUCUCACUAUCUAUCUACCCAUAUAUAUAUCUGUCUUUGCUAUACAACUCUUGGUCUUGAUAAUUACAGAUAUAGAUCUGAGUCAUAGUCUAAUUUGUACAUAAAUUUAACUAACAUUGAAGCAAGUUCAAAUUGAAUUGUUAUUAACUAGUUAUUGUAGGCAAAUGCAAUAUUUGUGUUACACACUUAAAUAUACCUACCGUAUUUUUAUAUUAGGCGUUUUCUUUUGACUCUCGACUCGACUGUAGUUUUAACCUAGUCCAAAUCAACGUUGAUUUAAUCUAGUAGCCCGUACGUACUGUUUACUACAUGUUUUUCUACUUAAACUAGUUGCAUCCCAUUUUACAGAUACUUUUUUAUUGCGAUACGUGUUUAGCUUGUAAGAGUUACGAUAUGCACAUGGUUGAGUACAUACAAAAGUAUAUAGCUUAUACGAUCAUUGUUGUUUUAGGUUUUAAGCUCCAAUUCAGCAAUUUCAAGCAGUAAAACUUAAACUUUUAUUGUACGUACACAUCUAAACUAUUGCUAUAUGUAAAGCAAAUAAAAAUUCUAGUGAAAUCAAGUGAUAUUGAGUGAGAUCAAAAACGAUUUUAGCUAAAAAGAAAAACAAAGUGUAACUCAAAUUGAAACAUUUUAACUUUUACCGCCAUUUUGUAAAUAAAGAACAAAAAUGCAUGCAUAUAAGUAGAUAAAUAUAUUGUAUAUAUACUUAUAUACAUAGUAAAUUCUUUAUAUACAUAUACAUUUGUAUCUAAUAAGUAAAUGUUAUUUUAAUGUUUCUCCAAAUGCAUAAAAGACAUAAUAUCUAUCAAUAAAUCAGAUACAUACAAACACACACUCAUUCACCUCAAGGCGAAAACUUAGAGUAUAAAAAACAGCUUUUCGUUUAGCCCUAACUAAACACAUAUAUAUACACAUAACGUUUUUAGUAGCUAUUAUAGUACUUAAAAGUAUAUAUUAAUUAAUAAUAUAAAUGUUUAUGUACGUGUACCUAAUUGGUACAACAGUAAAUCUGCCAGUAAAAUGAUGAAUAACAACAACAAGAAUCACACGUUUUCCAUUUGGACAGUGAGCUAAUGUACUACAGCAAAUAGAUCAAUUGAGUGUACGCAAUAAAUGUUUACGAGCCCAGUGGUAUAUUAUGACGUAAAUAAGUAUAAUGUUAUGUAAUGUAAUGUAUCUGUAACAAAAUGCAUGAAAAAUCUACUUGUAUUAAGAGCUACAUACAUCAAACUAACCAACUCGAACCGACACAGCCAAGCAAAAAGCAAACAAACUCUUAGCAAUUUUCAAGGUUGUAAUUUGCUUAUUAAUCGAUCAAUAGGACAUCAGCUAGUGUAAAUAAGUAUUAAACACGGAAUCCAGUCCUGAACUUCAAUACUCAAUACUCAGACACGACUGCAGGAUGCAGGAUACUGCUAUACAUAUUCACAAGUUCCGAUGCACAAACCUGUGCCAGAAUAUCUUUUGCUCCUUACGUUGUAUUCGCUUAAUUUUAAAAUAGACCCAAUAUUCAUAGCCCUUAGUUAGAUAAUGUUCAUAAUUGUUUGGUAUUUGUGAGUGUAAACGUAUGUAUUACUUCUUGCUAAUAAUUCAAAUACACCCAUACAUACAUACAUAUAUACGUAAUUGCAUUAUGUAGGUAAAUAAUUGCUCAUAAAUACAAAUGUAAUUAGGUACAGCUACAGCCAAAGCAACCCACCACUAAGCAUCUUCAGAACUGUUUGUUGUGGGCUACGGAAGCAACUUAAAAAGACUCUUCUCAAGACAGCUACACUAUUUUUGUACCACACGUAUAUACAUACAUAUAUACGCGUACAAUCACAAAUGUAUGUGGUCUAUGUUAGCAGAAACGAAUCUAUGCAUACAUAAAAUAAAACAUACAUAUGUAAAUUCAAAUUCUGACUAUCAACUUAUGUUGUCUGCAUUUUCUCUACGAAUUAGUCAAUACAUUGACACAAUUUCCCAUCCUUUGCCACAAUGCUUUACUUUGAAAAGCAUUGAAAAAAAUUUAAAAAAAUGCCUUCAAGCUUAAGUCUUAAGUAUUAUGAAUAAAGUCUUCAAAUGUGUGCUUAAGCAAAAGUAUAGACCAUAAAUAAUAAAUAUGUACUUAGCUCUAUUAUUUAGCUAAUGUUAAGUAAAAUUCGGUACUUUGUUGCUUUACCAUAAAGUUUCCUAAAGACAAAAAAAGCUAUACUUCGAAUAAGAAGAAGAUUUAAAUAAUAACAUAUAGCAUAUUAAAGAAGUCUGCAAGUUGUAAGCCCUACCGUCUAGACAAAAGAGAACUUCUUGCCCGAUUCAUUUUUGUCUUACACCCAUAUUUAUACAUAUGUAUAUUCAUUUAUUUUUAUGUUUAAUAUUUCCUUAUCUUUUGAUUAAAUAUUCGUAUCUGUUAUUUCAAUGCGAUUUGGGUGCAUUUUUAUUUCAUUAGUCGAAACGCAAACAAAGUAGAUAUGACAAUCUGUGAAAUGUAUUUUGUGCUAUAUUCACUUUUCUCUGAUUUCAAAAUAAAAUGCAAUCUCAGCGGCGCCAGCACUUUAUUCGAAUACUCUGCGUUGUGAUUGUUCAUUAAGUGUACGAGAAUGUAUAAUAUAAUAUAUAUACAUAUAUAUAUAUAUAUAUAUAUAUAUAUACACAAAUAUAUACAUAUAGAAUACACACAUACCUUAUACACACAUGCACAUACGAUUACAUCUAAAGUAUGUGUAUACUAUAAAGUCUAAAUAUAUAUA